AUGUUUCCAUCCGACGAAUCAGAGCGAAGGAGCCGUUCGACGAAUGAGAUUAAUCAGAGACGACGGCGAAUCAGAGCAGGCCGAAGGUCAAAUUGUGCAAAAUCCGGCGGCGGAUGUGUCCGCAGGCAGCUUUGUGAUCUCGAGGUCAAAGAGCGGUGUCAGGACCAUAUGAGCGCAGAUGAGCGCAUGCGUGAAUUCCUCUCUCGCUCCGUCUUAUUCAGAUGCGCCAAAGAAAAGAAGAUGCAGACUCCGACUUAUUACCUCGAGGCUCUCGACCCGCGUUCUUUCAGGGCCGUCGGCGGUCUGCUUCGAAGUGCGACGUCGGACAUUUUAACAUCUGCACAAAUAAAGCAAGAUAUCGAUGACGAUGAGGCGCUAAGUACAGAUCUCGGGGCGCGUGUAGCGAUGGGUUGCGUAUACAUGGUGGAGGGUACAACGGAGACUGUCCGUGGUCAAGAAGAACAAGAGAAAAUGGCGUGGCGUGUCCGUGGAGGGGCGUAA